GAAUAGCAGUUGCAGAAUCUCAAGGAGACCAAGUAUUCGUAGAAGGAGCACAGACGGCUUCGCUCGUGAACUGGACAUUGCCUAAAGAUCCCUGUGGAGGUGUUGACGCAGGAUGGAGUCGACACAGAGGGCGAGAUGUCCAAGUAAGGACACGAUUCUCAUCCUGGUGCCUGACGAACCCAAAGAAGAAGUCAUCAGCAGUCUCCAAAAGCACUAUCCUGGGGUAAAGAUACAUUGGAGAAGCGUGAAAGCGCCACUCAGUGUCGACGAUAUACCGCAGGAAAUCUGGGAUACGGCCACGAUUGUAUGGGGGUUUGAAAUACCCAAGGAUGCGUUUCUCCCAAAGCUUCGGUUUGUACAACUGAACUCUGCCGGAGCGGAUCAUUGGGCCAAAAACCGACAUUACCAAGAUCCUAAUAUCUUGUUCUGUACCUCAAACGGUGCUCAUCCACCCCAAAUUGCCGAAUGGGUCAUAGGAAGUUGGUUGUCUCAUCAACAUCAAUUCCGGAAAUACAGCAGCUACAUGCAACAAGGAUACUGGGAACCCCUCUUCCAAAGCAGUUUCCAGGAUUCUUGGGGACUUCGAAUGGGUAUCUUGGGGUACGGGGCCAUAGGACGGCAGUGUGCCAACCUUGCGAGAGCCCUCGGGAUGGAUGUCAUAGCGUACACAGCUCGUGAAAGGCUGACACCUGAAUCUCGGAAGGACGACAGUUAUUGCGUGCCAGGGACUGGAGAUCCAGACGGGUUACUACCGUCGAGGUGGUUUCACGGCACGACAAAGGAGGAUCUUAACAACUUUCUAGACCAGGAUCUCGACAUCCUGGUCAUCUGCCUUCCCUUGACAGCUUCCAACCGAAACAUGAUUUCCAGACAGCAAUUCGAGGUUCUUGCGAAGAAGAAGACGUUCGUGAGUAAUGUCGCUCGAGGCGGACACGUGAACACCGACGACUUGGUCGAAGCAUUGGAGAAAGGCAUGAUUCGGGGAGCUGCAGUAGAUGUGACUGAUCCUGAGCCACUGCCCAAAGAUCAUCCUUUGUGGAAGGCUCCAAACCUUUUGAUAACGCCUCACAUCAGUUGGGUAUCGACUAAUCAUUGGAGUCGGGUGCUUGCAAUCUUCGAACAUAAUCUCGCCGUGCUGAACCACGGUGGAGAGUUUGUCAAUAGAGUCAACAAAGAGCUUCAUUAUUAG